AUGGCAAAGCAUUAUUUAGAAUAUUCUUUUAAGGACAAGGAUUUGCCAUAUUGGCUAGACGAAAUAACUAAAGAUGUAAAAGAAACGCGAAUAAAUGAUCAAGUACCACUUUUUGAAGCAGACAAUCUUAAUAAUAUAGCUCAAGAUCAACGGUCUCGUAGAACUUCGUUGGAUCUAGAUUUACUAUCGAAAUGUGAGUCCAAGCCUUUGGCCCAUUCCGCGGGAACUUUACGCUAUAAUCACACUAAUGGAUACACACAAAAUGGCCGUCGGAGAAAUUCAAAUAAAAACGAGUGCAAUGAUUCGCCGACCGGCGUCACAAACGAUUUUUUAUCAGACCUUCUACCGCACUAUGUUACUCCGCGACACAAAAGGAUGAAUCACAAUAUUGAUAAUGAUUUUAUGGAUGUCAUAGUUGGAUCACGACCGCAAAACGCCAGAAGUCGAAACAAACUAACAAAAGAUACGUUCAAUCCCAUUCACAAGGCAUCUAUGAAGCCUAAUGCGAAAAUUAGUUACAAAAAGCCACUUUCGAAGAGUGAUAAGAGAAAUGAGUUUGUCAUACCUGAAACACCAGAAGGGAGAUUGUUGGAGUUGAAGAUUUACUCGAACUGGGGCGAUAAAUAUUUGGUUGGAUUGAAUGGUAUUGAAAUGUUUGAUUCUAGUGGUGAACGGGUCUCCGUAGAUAAGGUAUGGACUGAUUCGGACACUGGUGACCACUCCAAGUUUGGUCGUGUAGAGAAUAUCAUCGACGGCGUCGUAAGAACCAGAGACGAUAAGCAUGCGUGGAGCGCACCAGUUCCACAAGGCCUGCCGAUUGCAUUGAGUAUAUUACUGGGAAAAACUUCGAAAUUAGCCCUACUUAGGGUUUGGAAUUAUAACAAAUCACGGAUCUAUUCGGCUCGGGGCGUCCGUCUUGUUCAGAUAAAAUUGGAUGACCAGGUAAUUUUCCAAGGAGAGAUAGCCAGAGCCAGUGGCGAGGUGAAGGGCCUUCUUCCAAGCUUUGGAGACACGAUACUCUUCACAAAGAACGCAUCGAUUUUAGAAGCGAUUCUGGUAAAUGAUAAAAAUUUCAAAGCUCUACUAAAAGACAACGACCCACUGGCUGAAGUCAAUACGGCUGAACGUCCUUCUACAGCUAAUGAUAAUAUGAUGCCAGUCAAGACUAGAGAAGAUUCGCCGAAGGUUCCGGAAGAAGAUAAAUAUAUAGCGAAAGAGAUUAAGUUAACUCUCAUGUCUAACUGGGGGCAGAAGCAUUUAAUCGGGCUAACAGGCAUUAUGGUCCUCUGCAACAACAACCCAGUUGACAUCAUACGGAGCUACGCGUACACUAGUUACAUCACCGAUGAUGAAGAGAAGAAACUCGAGUUUGGCUUCAUCGACUGCAAGAGUUUGUUUAACGGACGAAACAUUACUACGGAAUUCGAUGAGAUGUGGUGCACCAACUUUAUGCCUGGGUCGAGGUUUUGCCACGUCGUUAUGGAACUCGAGAAACCAACAGAAAUAACAGGUAUACGUAUUUGGAAUUACAACGCGAAUAUGGACUUAUCCUAUAUCGGAGCGAAGCACGUCCGUUUGUCACUCGACGGCAACUUGCUGCACCGCCGGCCGUUGCUGCUGAGGCGCGCGCCAGGGGAUACAUUCUAUGAUUUCCUUCAGCACGUAGAUUUAGCUUCUAUUGAUGAUAGAUUAAAUAACGAAGAUUUGAAACUUAGUAAAUCACUGUUCGAUAGCAUGCAAGCACCGACUGGUUUCGUUCUGCAACUGAACAUAUUCUCGACUUGGGGCGAUCCAUACUACGUUGGCCUCACUGGCGUCGAACUAUACGAUGCACAGGGAAAUUUGAUAGAAAUGACCGAGAGCAACGUCUGCGCACAGCCAGCAAGUGUGAAUGUUCUCGACAGUUCAGCUAGGGAUGUACGCACGCCGUCCAAACUUAUCGACGGGCAUAAUUCAAGCGCGUCAGACGCGCAACACUCGUGGCUCGCUCCGGUGUUACCAGACACGCUUAAUAGGUUAUUCUUUGUAUUCGACGUGCCAGUUUCUGUCUACGGUAUGAAGAUUUGGAACUAUGGUAAAACGCCGACACGAGGUGUAAAGGAGUUCGGGGUUUUAAUGGACGAUCUCUUAAUAUACAAUGGUACCUUAGAAAUGGCGAAAGGUGAUUUAAUAACUCCACAAUGGAUUUGCUUUGAAGAUAAGGAUCUCGAAAAUUUAACACCGAGUCCGUCUGACACGAGCCAACGUACAACUACGAGCGGGUCGUCCCAGUCGGUGGACCAAAGUGAGAGACCGUUCACGAGCGUGUACGCAGUACGGCCACGGAAGUCAUAA